AUGGAUAAAUCAACAAAAAUAUUAUUCGAUGUGUUUAUUACGGAUCCAAUUUCAGUAAAUAAAGUUAUUUAUCGGUCAUGGUUGGAUGGCAUUUCGGAAAAAGAAACAAUUAAUUUAAGAGAGGAAUCAAAGAAUCCAAAUAUACCAAAGCAUUUAAUACUUGAAGAAACAGAGGAUCAAUAUAGAAUUUUUUCAUUACUUCAAAAAGCAUUAGAACAUCCUAAAACACUUUCAUCACAUUCAAUGUUUCAAAUGGACCCAUCAUCAAGAAAGUUAUUAAUCGAAGGUUUUUAUGAUUUCGACGAGGAUUUAUUAAGGGAAUUAAUUGGUAGAAAAUUAACAUCGGGUCAAAGAAGAGAUUUGGAUGACACAAGCGAAAAAUUAAAAUUAAGAUUAUCAUCAUGUGAAAGACAGUUUGAUAAUUUAAAGAGAAUUUCAAGAGUAGUAUAUGCAGAUUUGAAAACCUCAGCUUUAGAAAUUAUAAUGAAUGAAUUUUCAUUACCAAGAGAAUUAUCAAAGAAAUAUGUUAGAUUAUUAUUUUUAUGUUUUCACAGAAUCGAUUUAUCAAAGAAAAAAAUUCAAUUUUUAACAACAUUCGAUUUAAUUAGGUUAUCAGAAAUUGUUAUGAAUCAGUGGGGUGAUCCUAUUAGAACAUAUGCAUUGGAGCUGGACUUAAAAUUAAAAGAGGAUGUUAGAGAUUUAAAAACAUAUUUAGGCAGUCAAAAAGAAAUUUCAGAGAAGUAUUGGAAAUUAAUAAAAAAUAGAUAUCAAAUUGCAUCUACCUCACCAAGAAUAACGCCAGUGACAAAUUCAUCAUCAUCUAUAGGUGGGGCACCGUCUUUAUCAAAUACCCCUUCACUAUCAUCAAUGAAUAACUCUUCAAAUUUUGUUCCCAUUUUAUCGACCACUACACCAAACUCCUCAAAUACACCAACCUCAACAAUACCGCAAUCUUAUUCCUCAUCAAAUAUAUCAGCAAUGAACCAACAACAACCACAAACUAUAUUCCAAACCAAUCAAUCAUCCACACCCAUUAUAACAUCAACAUCUAGUGGUAUCAUCUCCACCAGCACAUUAUCACCCGAGAAAUUAAAAAAUCUUGAGGGUAAGUUUAAAUCGAUAUUGAAGGGUUUCCUUGUUAUUGGUUCAAAUUUAUCAGAUAGCAAAGAGUUUAGAAAUCUCUUUGAAGAUAUUGUCGAAAAGGUUAUUGAACCACUCAAAAGAAUAGAUUUGGCAAUUUAUGAAGUAGAUACAUUUUUCGUUUUCCUUCGUGAAGUUUUUAGUCCAGAGCAUUUAGGUAUUACCUCUUUACGUCAUAGAGACCGUGUUGUGCACAAUUGGAAAUCAUUUUUAGAGGGUAUACGUUGUGUUGUAAUUUAUAUUUUAUCACUUAAUAAAUUGCCUUAA